AAUCUUCCCACCCAAGGAAGAAGAGUGCUGGUUCGCCAAGGCACGCCACCGCCUCCUUCCAAAGCACACCAGACGCCACUAUAAAUUCAUCCGGCCAUGGACACAUCGAGCUCUGCCCGUCCCCGACGGCGAGGCCACCAUACCAUGUCAUGGAGGAAUUCCAAGAAGCUGAAAUCCUAUGGCCCAGCUCCAACGACCAUCGUGAUAAUGAUAACGGCGACGACAUCAGGAGGACAGGCACUACGACCUUGCCUCCAGUUCGUCCCAAGCCGGCCUCACAGGAGCUGUCCGCGCCGGUCGAGAUCUCUCGCCGGAAGCGACGGUGCCGCCCCUGGGCGGCGUCGGAGCACGCCACGUUCGAUCAAGAAACCGGCGGCGGGGGCGACGGCGAAGAAGACGGUUCCACCGACGACGCGAAGCAGAGAAGCGCGAAAGGUUUGACGAUCGUUGUGCCGCCGCACGUUCUUCUUGCUCGGAGGAGGCUGCUGGGAGGCCGGACGGCGGCGUACUCCAUGUGCGCCGGGAAAGGGAGGACGCUCAAAGGGCGGGACCUCCGCGAUGUCAGGAACCUCGUGCUCAAGAUGACCGGAUUCAUCGAGAAAUGAACACGCGCCGAUAACGAUGCUCGUGUGUGCUGUCAAAUAAGAAGCUUUGUGAAAUCAGAAGUUUGCGCAGCAGCAAGGCCGGCCGUAGUAGAAGGAAGAAGGAAUAGAAGAUGAACUGCUCACCAUUUGGUUGAUUCGUUGUAAUAAUUUGCUAGCUCAUGUAAUAAUAAUGUACAUAGCUAGCUUUUAGAAACAGUGGGAAAAGUUGAAAAUAAUUAAAAUACCAGCUGCUACUGAACUGCUGCA